GUCACGUCGCAUGAUUGCGGCAGAGCCAAACCGGGAAGUACGUAGCACAAGAGCAGCGGUGGACAAUGUUUACGUUUAGUCUGACGCUCGUACGACAUGGGGAAACACAGUACAACCGGGACAAGCUGCUGCAAGGUCAAGGUGUGGACACGCCCUUAUCAGAAACAGGUCUCAAGCAGGGUGACGCGGUAGGAAGAUACCUCAGAGACAUCACCUUCAACAAUGUGUUUGCCAGUAACCUACAGAGAGCUGUACAGACAGCUGAAAUCAUUUUGAAGAACAACACUAACUGUGCUGGCACGGAGAUGAUUUUGGAGCCGUUACUCAGAGAGAGGGGUUUUGGCGUUGCUGAAGGACAUCCCAAAGAUGAUCUGAAGAACAUGGCCAACGCCGCGGGCCAGUCCUGCCGUGACUACACCCCUCCAGGGGGAGAGACUUUAGACCAGGUGAAGCUGCGUUUCAAAAAAUUCCUCAAAGUCCUUUUCAAGCAAAUGUUGGAUGAACGCGGCUUGCCGGGACCAGAUGCCUCGGCGGGCGCAUCGGAUGCCGGAGAAGCGGCAAACGGGACCUCUGCCUCUGCCUCCGUCGACGCCUCGGCCGACGACGGCCUCCGGGGCGUGCCAGCCCACGCGCUGGUCGUGAGCCACGGCGCUUACAUCCGCGUAGCCGUCAAGCACCUUGUGGAGGACUUGAAGAGUUCCCUGCCCGCGGGGGUGAAGACGUCCCAGUUGUUUUCGCCCUCUCCGAACACAGGCAUCACUCGCUUCAUCUUCACCCUGAGCCGGUCCGAGUCCGGCCCGGUCCUCUCAGCCUGCCGCUGCGUCUUUACCAACAGAAAGGACCACCUGGAAAACCUUACAGCGGCCGAGUAGUGUAAAGGGAAUGAAAAAAAUAAGGUGGAGGCGGGGGGGAAAAAGGUUGUAUGUACUGUUUUUGUGCACAUGCCGUCUCUAACGGAUGUAAUCACAAGGGACUGAAGGGGAAAUAAGAGGCGAACACCUCAAAGUUACCGCAGGUAACUGAAUACAGUGGUGCACCUACUAAAUUAUGUUUUCUCAAUAAUCAAUAGCGUUUUACUGUGGAUCAAGUCACAAUAUGUGCAGUACUGUAUUUUCAAACGGUUUCAUCAUCCUCCCAACUGUAGGCCGGCGAGGACUUGUUUUAUCUUUUAUCAUGUCAUGCCAAAGUCCGAACUAUUUAAUGUGUUAUUGAAUGCGUCAAUACGUCCGUGCGUCCGGCAUUUUCAAGUUGAUGCGUCUCCUCUGAUGCUGCUCGUUUUACUUGUGCAAUACAACAUGAUGACGA